AUGCAGUUGUUUAACAAGCUACACCCACUGUCCAUUUGUAAAUCCAAUUCAUGCUGGGCAGCCCAGAAUUGGGGCUUUGUCCUGGAUACUUUUUAUUCCUCCUUUCACUAUAUUUCUAUCACUCUCGAGGUGUAUCUUUUUUUACUUCUUUCUUUCUAUCUCUCACUCUCUGUUAAUAAUCUAAUUCUUAACUCUCUCACUCUCUAUCUUUUUUUUAUUCCUUCUUAUUCUCUUUAUCUCUCUCAUUCUAUAUCUGUACUUUUUUCCUUUUUUUUUACGCUCUACUUUUCACCCUCUAUCUCUAUCCUUUUUGUCCCUUUUUAUAUCUCUCUUACUCUUUAUCUCCAUUUUUUUAAUUCCUUCUUUUUCCUUUCCCUCUCUCUAUUUCUCACACUCUAUCUGUAUAUUUUUGUUCCUUUUUUUCUAUCUCUCCCACUCUCUAUCUCUAUCUUUUUUUCUUCCUUCCUUCCUUCUUUGUCUACAUUUUAUUUAUUAUUCUUUUCUUACUCUCUCUAUAUCUCUAUUCCUUCUUUGUCUCUAUCUCUCACUAUCUGUAUAUUUUUUUUUAUUCAUUCUUUUCUCUUUAUUACUUUCUAUCUGUGUUUUUUAAUUCGUUUUUCUUCAUCUCUUUCACUCUAUGACUGUAUCUUUUAUUCAUUCUUUCUCUCUAUCUUUCUCAGCCUCUAUCUGUAA